AUGGGUAUAGCAUGUUCUUCAAGCAAAAAAAUAAAUAUGACUAUCACUAUGAGCUAAUAGAAUGAAGAUCCUAAUUAUGAUAUUAAAAAAUUAUUGAGUGAAGUAAGAAUAACAAAACUUAGAAAAACAUUUCCAUCACCAACUUAAACAUAUGAAUCCUAUUUCCUUAGUUAAAUUAAUAAUGAUAAAACAAUAAAUGUUAACAAAUGCUAUGAUGAAGAAAAUUUUCAUAAAUCAAGUAAAUUUGGUGUCCCACUUAUUUGUUGA